AUGGCUGCCUUCAGACUUCUGGUGAAGUACAAAAUCAUUAAAAAGAGAACCAAGAGGUUCAUCCGGAACUCGUCAGACCAAUAUGUCCAAAUUAAGCACAACUGGUGGAAACCCAGAAGCAUUGACAAUAGGGCGUACAGAAGAUUCAGGAGCCAGAUCUUGAUGCCCAACAUUGGUUACGGAAGCAACAAGACAACAAAGCGCAUGUUGCCCAGUGGCUUCCGGAAGUUCCUACUCCACAAUGUCAAGGAGCUUGAAGUGCGGUUGAUGUACAAUAAAGCUGACUGUGCAGAGACUGCUCACAAUGUCUCCUCCAAGAACCACAAAGAUGUGGACAAAACAGCCCAGCUGGCAACCAGAGUCACCAGUCCCCACGCCGGGCUGUGCAAUGAAGAAAAUGAAUAG